CUUCACUGUAAGGAUCUCACAGUAAGAGCAGGGAAAUGGAGAUCGCAAGAUUUGGAACAAUGAUGAGAUUCCUCCUAAGUGUUGGGAUCCUUUUUCAAGGGUGUCAUUCAGAUGUGAAAUGCAGGGAUGACAAAGGAAACGAGGUGGACUGGUAUAUCCUGUACAAGUUUCCCAAUGUGAAUGGUGGUGGUUUGUCAUAUCUGUACAUGGAUGAGAGCACCGACGGAUGGAAAGUCAGCAAAGAGGAAAUCAACAGUAAAUCUGGCACUCUGGCAAACACCCUGAAACCUCUGCUGGACUUCUACGACACAAAGACUGAAGGCUUUGGAUACAUGCUCUAUAGUGAUCAACCUCCUGAACCAUAUGUUGCUCCUCCAUCAUUUGGCCACAGUAAAGGAGUCGUGCUGUUAGACAGACAGACUGGAGUUUGGCUCUCACACAGUACACCAAAAUUCCCAACGUAUCGCAGGAAAGACUUCUGGCCAAGCAGUGGAAAUGCUAACGCUCAAACAUUUAUGUGUGUCACUUUCUCCUAUGAUCAAUUCAAAGAAAUAGGUUUGCAGCUCAAGUACAUCCAUGCUUACUCCUAUGACUCUGAGAUCCCGAAAACCUUUCACAGUGAGCUGCAGUGUGUUGCACAGCGGAGCUGCUACCCAAAGACGGAGCCCUGGUUUAGUGUCAAGAAUCUGACGUCAAUGACAGGACGUACAUUUUCCAGCUUUGCAAAGUACACACGUUUUGGGGAUGAUCUUUACUCCGGCCUCAUUGUGAACUAUCUGAAGGAGAAUCUGUAUGUGAAGAGCUGGGGAAAGAUGCAUCGCCCUCUGCCUUCUAACUGCAGCACCAGUAUCCCUCAUCAUGUCUACAAUGUGAAGGAAGUAACGCUGCUGAAUGGGAAUCCCUUCAGCGAUACUGUAGAUCACUCCAAGUGGUGUGUGACUCCUAAAGGUAGCUGGACCUGCAUAGCUGAUAUGAACAGGGAAGUGAGUCAGAUGAAAAGAGGUGGAGGAGCAAUUUGCACUGACAACAAUGCAGUUUUAAAGGCUUUCACUGGCAUAAUCACAAAGUAUGAUCCGUGUAACUUUGCACAUCCACGUAAUCACAUGUUGCGCAUCAACUUUCAUUCAAAUGUAAACAAGAGGAAACGUGCACCACCAAAACCCAAACACCAGCUCAAGUUCCCAGCCACUGUUAGAAGAGCGGGGAAAUCAGCAAACAGAUUCAAACACAAAAAAAUCAUCUCAACAAAAAUAAAACGGGGUCCUAGGACUGGACUCUUCAAACUGCCGCCUGCUUCACAUGGUCAGCGUUAA